AUGAAGAGCCUCACUUCCAAGCAGGAUUCUAUUUUCUAUCUAUCUAUCUAUCUAUCUAUCUAUCUAUCUAGGUCUUUCCCUAUCUAUCUUGGUUUCUAUCUAUUGAUCAAUGUAUAUCUGUUUCUAUCCACCUAUCUUUGUUUCUAUCUAUCUCUUUCACUAUCUCUCUAUGUCUAUCUAUGUCUCUAUCUAUUUCUGUAUCUAUCUAUCUAUUUACCUACCUACCUACCUACCUCAGUCUCUUGCUGUCUAUCUAUUUCAGUCUCUCCCUAUCUAUCUAUCUAUCUAUCUAUCUAUCUAUCUAUCUAUCUAUCUAUCUAUCUAUCUAAGUCCCUUGCUGUCUAUUUCAGUCUCUCCUUAUCUAUCUAUCUAUCUAUCUAUCUAUCUAUCUAUCUAUCUAAGUCCCUUGCUGUCUAUUUCAGUCUCUCCCUAUCUAUCUAUCUAUCUAUCUAUCUAUCUAUCUAUCUAUCUAUCUAUGUCCCUUGCUGUCUAUUUCAGUUUCUCCCUAUCUAUCUAUCUAUCUAUCUAUCUAUCUAUCUAUCUAUCUAUCUAUCUAUCUCCAUCUCAGUCUCUCUAUUUUCUUAUUUCUUUCUCUCUAUCUCAGUCUCUCUCUUUCUAUCUCAGACGUUUUCUAUGUUUUCAGUCUCUCUUUCUAGCUAUCUCUUUCAGUCUUUCUUUCUUCUCUCAAUCUCUAUCUAUCAGUCUCUCAAUAUCUGUCUAGCUAUCUCAGUCUCUCUCCAUCUCUUCAUUCUAUCUAUAUCUAUCUAUCUAUCUAUCUAUCUAUCUAUCUAUCUAUCUAUCUAUCUCAGUGUUUCCCUAUCUCCUCAUUCUAUCUAUCUAUCUAUCUAUCUAUCUAUCUAUCUAUCUAUCUAUCUCAAUCUAACUUUUCAGUCUCUAUCUUACCUCUCACUGAAAACAACAGCAUUAACCCUGAAGUCCUAUCAAUCUAUCUACCAUUGUCUCUGUCUCUAUCUAUUUAUCUAUCUAUUUUGGUCACUAUCUAUCUAUCUUGGUUUCUAUCUAUAUAUCAAUCUAUCUCUGUUUCUAUCCACAUAUUUUUGUCUCUUAUCACCUAUCUCUGUAUCUCUGUAUCUAUCUAUCUAUCUAUCUAUCUCAGUAUCUAUCUAUCUAUUGGCACCAUGCAAAACAUCCAUAUGA